ACAAAGGGCCCGCGCGCAGCCGCCGCCGCUGCGCGAGGAGCCAGGAUGGUCCUGGUCCACGUCGGCUAUCUCGUGCUUCCAGUGUUUGGCUCUGUGCGAAACAGAGGUGCCCCCUUUCAAAGGUCUCAGCAUCCUCACGCUACCUCCUGCCGCCACUUCCACCUGGGCCCCCCGCAGCCGCAGCAGCUAGCCCCGGACUUCCCGCUGGCCCACCCCGUGCAGUCGCAGCCGGGCCUCAGCGCCCACAUGGCCCCGGCCCACCAGCACAGUGGCACGCUGCACCAGUCGCUGACCCCGCUGCCCACCCUGCAGUUCCAGGACGUCACAGGUCCCUCCUUCCUACCUCAGGCCCUGCACCAGCAAUACCUGCUGCAGCAGCAGCUCCUGGAAGCUCAGCACCGCAGGCUCGUCUCGCAUCCCAGGCGGAGUCAGGAUCGAGUGUCUGUCCACCCCCACCGCCUUCACCCCAGCUUCGAAUUUGGCCACCAACUGCAGACACCUCAGCCCCGGUAUCUGGCUGAGGGCACUGACUGGGAUCUCAGUGUGGACGCCGGCUUGAGUCCUGCCCAGUUCCAGGUGCGGCCCAUCCCUCAGCACUAUCAGCAUUACCUGGCAACUCCUCGAAUGCACCACUUCCCCAGAAACUCCUCGUCCACACAGAUGGUUGUCCAUGAAAUUCGAAACUACCCUUACCCGCAGCUUCACUUCCUCGCCCUCCAGGGACUAAAUCCUAGCAGGCACACCUCUGCUGUUCGGGAGAGCUACGAGGAGCUGCUGCAGCUCGAGGACAGGCUGGGAAACGUGACCAGAGGCGCUGUACAAAACACCAUUGAGAGGUUCACCUUCCCCCACAAGUAUAAGAAGCGAAGACCCCAGGACAGCAAGGGCAAGAAAGACGAAGGGGAGGAGUCAGACACAGAUGAGAAAUGCACAAUUUGUCUGUCUAUGUUGGAGGAUGGGGAAGAUGUGAGACGCCUACCUUGUAUGCAUCUCUUCCACCAACUGUGUGUGGACCAGUGGCUCGCCAUGAGCAAGAAAUGCCCCAUCUGCCGAGUGGACAUUGAGACACAGCUGGGAGCCGACAGCUGAGGGAGGAGCUAGCCAGUGGACGCCCCGUUUCCUUCACCAGGUCCCCCCCACGGCCAUAGCCCUUGCAGCCAAACUUUGCCUUCUGAGCCAUUUGACGUAGAGAAGAAGCCUGCAAGCACAUUUUUGUUUUGUUUUGUUUUGUUUUUUGUUUUUGUGGAAAGAGGAGUUGGUAGCGGUGUCUGAGGGAGAGGAGGGUUAGGGUGGGUCCUCCCACCCAUCCGGAAUGGUGACUGCCUCAUCGCCUUGCUGUGCAGCGGGGAGGGAGCUGGCCGUGCCCAGAGCAGGGGCGGGAAGGGGGGACCCUAGCUGCCGAGGACCGGAUGUUAUCGCGAGGGUACUAGCUGGCGAUCGGCCCCUCAAUCCUGCCCUUUGAGGGAUUGUGUAUAUACCUCUUGACCACGUAGAAACCAUGUAGGGGUCUCUAGCUAUUCUGUGGAUGGCAGCCAGAGCAUGUUAGCUUAAGAAAAAUGUCGUGUGUGGUGCUCUCGUCAUCUGUGGUGGACAUGUCGCUAUUACUGAACUCGCACCAAAUAUUUCUCAUUGAGUUUCUUGUUUUGGUGCCUGACCCAACCAACCAACCAACCAACCUACCAACCUACCAACCUACCAACCAACCAACCAACCAACCAACCUACCAACCUACCAACCGACGACAGCCCCAAUCUUCCCAUCUUUAUGAGCGAAA